AUUUAAUUUUUGCUUUCCCAAUUUCUGGUCGGAAAACCGUUUUUCGUGUAAUUCAUCUCCGACAUCAACCCAUUCGAGACGGCUUCUUUUUUUUUUUUCUUUUUUUCAAGUUUCUUGUCUUAUCUUUACCAGGUAAUUUUUUUUUUUUGGUUUUCUUUAUUAUUCCUUGUCUUGUCUCUGUCUCUGUUUUCGUCUUUUUUUUUUCCUUUCUGGAAAAUCGAGUGGUCGGAGGAAAACGAAAGAUUAGGUACUAAACGCGCUAACGUGCGCUGUGUCUGCGUAGUUUAAUUUUUUUUAAUUUAAAAUCGAGGAGCGCGUAACGCACACGCGGCUUUGAUUUGAUGGUUAUGAUGAUGACGAUGACGACGACGACGAAGAUGGCGAGUGAUUGGGGAACAUGGGAAGAGCUUCUUCUUGGCGGCGCUGUUCUCCGCCACGGAACCGGCGACUGGACCGUCGUCGCCGACGAGCUCCGUUCUCAUUCUCUCCCCGAGAUUUUGACACCUGAGAUAUGUAAAGCCAAGUACAAUGACUUGCGAGAACGUUAUUUGGGAUGCAAAGCUUGGUUUGAAGAGCUUAAGAAGAAACGAGUGGCUGAGCUUAAGUUAGCUUUACUUAAAUCCGAAGACUCGAUUGGGUCGUUGGAAUCAAAGCUUCAGAGUCUGAAAUCAGAAAGCAAUGACGAAGAAUGUCAUCAAAACAAUUAUGACUCUAGCCGAACGUUAUCACUCGAGCCUUCUCCAAAAUCCGAAGGCGGAGGAGAAUGCACGAGCAAAGACACAUCCAAAGAUUUGUCAUCAGCUGGUAGUUUCACACAGCAAGAACUUACCACAACAAACUGGUCACCAGAAGCUCCAGCAAUAACAAUAGAGCAAGAAGAAAAGAAAACAAACGUAUUACACAACGACAUUUUCGAGUCUGUGUAUGGAGUAGGAGGAGGAGGACAAGUGCUUCCUAAUAUGAGGAAGAAACGAGGCAAGAGAAAACGAAAAGGCUGCAGCAUUGUGGAGGAAAGCGAUGUCUUGGAUUCUUCUCUGGAUAUUGCUAGUAUUUCUAGGAGUAAUAAAGAAGCUGCUUCUACUAGUAGCAGCCAAAGCCGAGGUCACGGAUUGGCUUCACCAGAGGAGCUUAUGAAGAUAUACAACUCUAUUGCAGAGAACGAAUGUGCACUCGUCUUCCGUAGAAGGCUUGAUAGCCAGAAAAGGGGAAGAUACAAGAAACUGGUCCGGAGGCAUAUGGAUUUAGACACAAUAAAAUCAAGAAUCAAUGGUUGUUUGAUAACUUCAGCGAAAGAGGUUUUCAUGGAGUUUCUUCUGGUGGCAAACAAUGCAGCCAUUUUUUACUCUAAGAACACUCGUGAGCACAAAUCCGGUGUGUCCCUUAGAGACAUUGUCACCAAGUCUCUGAGACACUAUCUGACAGAAGAUCAUCAUCUUCAUCGCAGCAGUAGCAUUACUACAAGCACCACCAAAGUUCCGGUUCAACCUUCGACGUCUAAAUCUCCUCCUGUCCGAACAAGCUUGGCAGCUAAAAAACCGAGAACCGGAACGCACCCUCUUAAGACGGUUGUGCAGGAUAUAGUGAAACCUUCAAGCGGAGGUAAAAGAACACCAGUUGCUAGUAUGAAAUCCUCGGCGGCGAGUAAGAAAGGAACGGUGGUUGAGAGAAGAAGAGACGGUAGACAAGUGAACCGAGGACUUGAUUCUCCGGCAUUGAAGGGGAGAAAGAGGAAUCGAGUGAGAUGAUUUUGAUCAUUUGAAGUGUUUGUUUCCUUAUGUUGUUGGUAGUUAGGCAGAGAAAAGACUUAUCUGAUCAGUGAAGUUCAUAAUAUUGGGUCAAUAUGAUCUGCAGGCAUAGAUACUCUUGAUCACUGGUGAAACUAACUGUUUAUAGAAAAUGUACAUCCCAUAAUCUUAUCCGUUAAAUUGUUAGAAAA